AGUUUGGGCCGCGAGAGUACGGGGAGUGGUCGGGACGCGUCCGAUGGGAAACCUCGGGUCGCGGAUGGUGUGCUGAGAGCUGAGCUGAGAGAGGCGUUAACCUAGUGCCAGUGAUGUUUGCGCUGAGGGUGACCGUCUGAAGGCAGCGGAGUUCCGUGCUGUGCCAUCUCCACACCGUCCCCAUAUCGUCGGCGAUGUACCCGGCCCAGCCUCUCCGUCGGAAGACUCUGGUCUGGCUGGUGGCGGGUGUGACCUGCCUGGGGCUGUUUGCCGCCUACAACACGAUGGUCAGGCGGCAGGAGCUGGCGAUGCCCAGAUACCCGGUAGCUUUACCGCCGGAGCGCGAGUCCACCGGCUCCGCGGGAGCCGCCGACAAUACAACGCCGACAUACUCUGUGGGUCCCACCAGUCAUGUAGACCCCACUAGCUUAUCAGGCCCCUCCGGUCCCAUCGGCCCCGCGGGGGUUCCCGAGCUGUCCGUCGGUCCGGGUCCGAAGGAUGAGCCCAAGAGUGAUGUGAACGAUGCUCAUGCACCGACGAAGACCGGCGACGAGCCUCCCCAGGUCUCGGACGGGUUUCGAGAGUUCAGAAUUGAGGACAACCCGGCGUACCGUUCUACGAUAACGCCAGGAGAGCUGACCAGCACUGGUGACACAGCAGCCACCAUUCACACUAAGGUGGCCGAACUACUGACUCAGGGCGCCUCUCAUCUCAUCAGCAGGAUGAUGUCUGACCGCCAGGAGGUUCGUAGUGUACCACCUCAGACUCAGACGGGGGAAGGAUCAGAACGGACUGAUGCGUCAACGGGACCGAUGACACUUAGUGGGAGCGUGACGCGUCAGCAGCAGGAGCAGCAGCAGCAGCAGCAGCAGCAGCAGCAGCAGCAGCAGCAGCAGCAGCAGCAGCAGGAGGAGGCAGAGCCGGUGCGGUUCACACCGCCGCACCAGGUCCUCGUCCACCUGGACCUGAAGGGCGCGCCGCCGUCGGUGCCGUUCCUCCGCGAGGUGAUCUCACUGGCCGCCGGCCUCGGCGCCACCGGCCUGCUGAUCGAGUGGGAGGACAAGUUCCCGUACUGGGGCGAGCUGGCGCCCGUGACCGCCGGGAACGCCUACACCAUGGACCAGGUGCACGACAUCCUGGCGGCAGCGGCGGCGCACAAUCUGACCGUGAUGCCGCUGGUGCAGACGUUCGGCCACCUCGAGUACGUGCUGAAGCUGCCGCAGUUCGCCGGGAUGCGCGAGGACCCCGACUCGCCCCAGGCGCUCUGUCCGUCGCGGAACGAGAGCAACCGCCUGGUGCGGACGCUGCUGGACCAGGUGAUGACGGCACACCCGGGCGCCGAGCGGGUCCACAUCGGCUCUGACGAGGUGUUCGUCCUGGGCAAGUGUGAGCUCUGCCGGCGGAGGAGGAAGGAUGACCUGUUGCUGGGUCACAUCGCCCUCACGGCCAACUACGUGCGCCAGCGGUACAACGCCACCGCCGUGCUUUGGGAGGACAUGCUGCGGAACGCUGCCUCUAGCCGGCUGCGCCAGUACGGCCUCGACCAAGGUCUGGUCGAGCCGAUGCUCUGGUGGUACACACCCAACGUGCGCAAGUACGUGGCGCCAAGGGUAUGGCGUCACGCCGAGCGCGUCUACCCGCACGUGUGGGGUGCCGGCGCGUACAAGGGCGGCUUCGGCUCGGCGCUUUUCUCGCCGCCGAUCGACCGGCACGUGCAGAACAACCUGGACUGGACGGAGCUGCUGGCGGAGGAGGACGGCCGGCUGGCCGGCGGCGUGCGCGGCCUGGUGCUCACCGGCUGGAGCCGCUACGACCACUUCGCCACGCUGCCCGAGCUGCUGGCCGCCGCUGUUCCCAGCCUGGCCUUCAGUCUGGCGGCCGUGCGGCGCGGUGCCUUGGACGAGACGGCAGCCGAAACGGCGCAGCGGGCGCUGGGCUGCAUGGCGCCCGUGCCUCUGCGGCAGCUCACCUGGCCGUACCUGUACAACGAGAUGUCCCGGUGCCGCUUCCCCGGUCAGGGAGUCUACCUGCUGAUGCAGCGUUACAACCAGACGGCAGUGCACGUCCGCGACCUCCUGGCCGAGUUCGAAACGGGACAGGACUCCUCCUGGCUGGGACGCUACAACGAGCGGCACAACUUCACCAGCGUGCUGAAGGUGCGGGAGGUGUUCCCCAAGGUGUUCCGGAUGCGGCAGCUCACCGCCCGACUGCUGCGGCCGCUGUACCACGAGCUGAGCAGGAUCUACGACCGUGACAUAGUGCUCGAGUGGCUGGAGCACCGGGUGCUGCCACUGCUGGAGGACUUGGACCAGCUGCUCGAACGUCUGGAGACCAUGAGUGCCAGGCGCGAGUUCCCCGCCAGACCGCUGCGGGGCUAUCCGGAGCACUUUCUCCGGUACAUGGACGAGUUUGUGACCGGCUGGCGCUCUAAGCGCUGAGACAGGCGAGCUGAGUGCGCGAAAGGGCAGCGGAAAGACUCGGACGCGGGCCUGACCUGCCGGAGCGUGCGAGAGCCGCCAGCAGUGCUGUGAUAUACUUUUGUUCAUCGCAAGCUGCAACUUGCCAAUAACUGUUUUGACGUGCGAGUUUUACAUCACAGGGUUUUCUUUGUGUUCACAAUGUCAACAGGUUUUAAGUGCACCACUUUUGUGGGAGAGGUUUAGUUGAUUAUGUGUGAUGUUAGUUGACGACAUUACCGGAGAAUAUGCUUCGGUCAGACACUCGUUCGUGGGUGGAUACUGGAUAGGCAUUGGUAGGUCUAAUGACGUGUGCGGGGUUUGGAUUAUGAAUACGAGUAGAAAUACAAGUCGUAAAACUGUC